AACCGUGCAAUAUUCAGUGAGUGUCCUCUAGAGAUUUUACUUCUGUUGACAUAUCACAUUUUUAAAGACAUGAGUCAGUCUCCAUCCUACUGGAGAGAUGGUGCCUGUGCAUCUCCUGAGAGUCCUGAAGAAGGUGACUUCUCCCCUCAGCAGCUUUAUCACAACCUGAAGAGCCUGGAGGAGCACGAGACAUGUGAAGACCAGAAAGAUCCCAUUGUUAAUAUCAUACCCGACAACUUCGGCUGUCUUUUGAACUCUCAAAUCUGUGCUCCGCUAGCGACAAAUGACCUUGGGAAACUAUGUGCUGGCGUGCUUCCAGAAGAACAACUGCUUAAGAAAAGCCAUUGGAGAGAACCAUGGUGCUUCAGUACGUCGCCUAUAAAAAAGAAUCUGAUUGAUAAAGAGAAAAACGGAGCUGACAGGAGAGUGAGCAUUGGACUGGCAUUCAUCAGUUCGGUCUCACCAGAGUUCAUAGAGGUACGCACACUGGAUGGAAGAUUCAUUACUUUGGUGAGCACUCAGACCCAGACAGAUUGGGAGUGGGUGGAGCAGAGCCUCUCUUUCAGCUGUCAAGUUCAAAAGGAAAUUGAAGCCCUCCUGUUGUUGCAAGCAGAGGUGGCAAGCACGGACACUGAUUCUUCAGAGGAGUCAGAGGAUGAAAAGAUGCUAAAGAAGGAGUAUGAUACACCCUGUGUGGGUCCACCUCGUCUCAUAGCAUUCAAGCCAGAGCCAAAACAAACUCCUCAUGAUGGAAAGGUUCCAGAGGUUGAAUCUAAACAGGAUGUGCAUUUUGCAAUGUGUGACUAUUGCCAGCAGCUCUGUCAGCCCUUUAUACACAGUGAACUGCUGGGAAAUGAAACAGACUUUGAGAGGCUCUUUUGUUGUGAGCAAGCUAAAAAAAUCAGAGCGCUUAUCCUGGAAGAGAAAGAAAAAUUGGCACAGAAGGAGUCACAUAGAAAGAUUGAUGUGAACCCUCAUGCACCUGUCAUGAGUGAGAAGGAGAGGAAAGCUGCUAAAGAGCAGGCAAGGAAGAGGUUGAGACAUUUGCAACUCCAGAGAAAAAUUAAAAAUGACAACUUGAAGAAAGAAUUAAGCCUCAGAAAUAAAACCUCUGUCAGUCCAUCAACAGAGAUAGAUAUUAAAAUUAUUACUGGCCUGUCUGCACUACUUAAACCGACAGCUGGUGAGCCAAAGGAAGUGAUUAAGAAGUUCUACAAAAGUGGCCAAUGCUUUCUCACCUUGUGUCCAGACGGAACGGGUAAUGUUUUUUAUCCUUCUGGGAAAGCAGCCAUUAUAAUAUCCUCUGCAGAAGCUGCUGACUUCACUUACAUAAUCUUGGAGGACAAGGACGUGGCGCCCAGCAUCAAAGGCAUUUUCACAAAUAAAGGCCACUCCACAUGCUACCAUCCCAAUGGAAUGAUAUGGUUGAAUCUGACCCCUGUUGGAGGUCUCUGCCUCAAUGAGACAGGAGCAAAGAGAAGACGCUGGAAUUGGUUGUAUUUUGACCCGCAUAUACGUACCCUUCCCUUCAAGCCUCUAACCUUUGCCCUGGGCCCACAUAUCAGUGUGCGCAUACACUCACAAGAAUGCAUGUACAUCACCUUUGCACAUCGGCAAAACAGCGUGCGCUUUAGUGUGGGUUCAAAGCUUAAGAACACCAGGAAGGUGAAGAUGCAAACACUUGACCAGCCAGGCACAUCAUCUGAGAUGGAUUCAACAACAAAUCCUGGGCUUGCAAACAAAAACAGAACUGGUUCCAGUGUAAGCUCAUGUGAAUAUCUGACAAUCCAUGCAUUUGAUGGGAGAGUUGUCACCAGAGUCACAGUUGGUACACAGACUAACUGGAGAAACGAGGGAGAACACAGUCAAGACUAUGAAUACCCAAACCAAGAAACAUCAAAAGCUCCCCACAAGAAUUUGGGGUUGACAUCUGGGCAAAAGAGUGGGUUAAGGCAGGGUAAAUACCCACAAGAUGGUUUACAACGACGAACUACGAUGAAGAGCGUUCCUAAAAACAUGAAGUCUGAGUUGGAGAUAUCCCCAGAUAAUGAAGUGUUGGAUUCGCUCAGCAAGGAAACUCCCCAAACUCCUACAGCCUGCCAAGGAGAAACUGAGGAGUCUUUAACUAAUCUGGACAAGGCAUGGAAGCUAUCAAAGAUUUUGCUGAAGGGUGCAACAGUUAUCACUGAAGAAACCAUGACUGAUACGCACCCAGCGAUGCAGAAAGAUCAAAGGUUGAAAGGUUUGGAAUUUGAUAGGAGUUCAAAUCAUCAGACCCCUAAAGCAGGACUCAAACAACAAGCAUCUGCCACCUUACACAAUCAACUCUCAGAUGACACAGAGGACGUUUCCCUCCUCGACCUGGAAAUCAUGGAUUCUGAAAACACGUUCUCUUUUAAGGGACAUGCUGGACAGAAGAGCAUGAUGCCACUUGUCAAGCACUACAAAAAUGGUCAAACAUUUAGUAUGAUUUUACCAGAUGGAACUGGGCAUGUAUGCUAUCCAUCAGGACGGCUUGCUAUCCUUGUAUCUGCUGCACAAUCAGCUGACUGGUCUUGUGCGGUGGUCCUGGAAGACAGUCAGCAGCCUCACAUCCAGGCAGUAUUCACCACCAGAGGACAGGGUACCUGUUAUCACAACAAUGGCUGUAUUUGGGUGAAUGUGACUCCAUGGGGAGGCACCUACUGCAGUGACACAGGAGAUUUGAAGAAACAUUGGAGAUGGCUGGACAAUCAGCAUCAUGAUCAUGUUCCUCCCUGGCAGCCCCUCUGCCUGACACUAAGUCCUCACCUGAGCAUCCGCAUUCAAUCCCAAGAGCACAUCUGCAUCGCUUUCACCUCUGGCAAAUACAGUGUGCGGCUUAAUGUAGGGGCAAAAUUGAAACUGAAUCAAGGCAAAGGUCUAACGCUGCCGGGGCCUGACAUGCUUCAGAGUUAUCUGCAGCAGAAGAGUGCAGAGAUCAAUGUCCUGCUUCAGAACAUCCAGUCCCUCAUCACCUAUCAAAAGACUGUCAGUGCACAGAAGGUCAAGCCCCAGCAAAGCCUCAUCUCACAGAUAGAAAGACGGCGGCUGCCAAUGAAACAGCAACAGUCUGCCAAGAAGACCCCCUAAAGCCGAUGAUGUCCUUGAAUGGCAGUUUCUCGUGUGUGAAGUGACUCCUACUGUAGAGUACCGACAAUUUGAAUUCAACGACAAAGUGCUUUCUAGAAAGAAAACCAAAAGAUUGUCAUUAACCUUUUUUUAAUCAGAAUGUUCAUAAAUAUCUGUACACAGCAUUUACAUGGGACACACUAAAGCAAUUGUUACACUGA